AUGUUGGCUGCCAUCACAUUUAAUGUGGCUACAUCCCUAGAGCCAUGUGCUACACAUGGGCAGCCACACAUGGGAGUCAAAUCAGCUCAGGAACUCAGAAGGAUGAACAAAAUUCAAGCUUUCCAUAAAGAAACCAUACCAAAGCAUGUAUUUGGCCGCUGGGGCAGUUGGCAAUUGGGAGCAGCUAAGAGAGAUGUGCUUCACCAGCCCAAGGGGAGAACGAAAUUGCACUCUAUAAAUAGAGAGCUGCACACUCAUUCAAUGGGGAGAGGCAGACACACACAUUCACUUCAUCCAUUACUCUCAUACACACAUUCAGAUUCACCACAAAGAGAGAAGAGAGCUUGGAGCUGUCCUGGGAACUACAUUGCUACCAGCUAG